CUUUGCGAAGCCAUUGAUCCCGGCUCUUCACGCAACCACCAUGUUUUCGCGGAGCUCACAGCGAGCCACUCAGGCUCUGCUGCGUACCGCUCGAUCCGCGAAUGCCCCGAUAGCCGCACGCUCCUACGCGACCGUAACAUCGGACAUCUUCAAGCCGACCAAGUUCGGUGGCAAAUACACCGUCACCCUGAUUCCCGGUACACAGCGAGUUCCCUCCACCCCUUCCCAGAUAAGAGCUAAGAAUGAGCACCACAGGUGACGGCAUUGGCGCCGAAGUCUCGGAAUCGGUCAAGACCAUCUUCAAGGCAGACAAUGUGCCGGUGGAGUGGGAGCAGGUGGACGUGUCGGGCGUCGACACGGGCACGAAGCACUCCGAAGAACUUUUCCGCGAAUCCAUCCUCUCCCUCAAGCGCAACAAACUCGGCCUGAAGGGCAUCCUCCACACCCCCGUCGAGCGAGCCGGCCAUGCCUCCUUCAAUGUGGCCAUGCGACAAGAGCUGGACAUCUACGCCUCCAUCGUCCUCAUCAAGAACAUCCCGGGCUACGAAACGCGACACAAGAAUGUCGACCUCUGCAUCAUCCGUGAGAACACCGAGGGCGAGUACUCUGGCCUCGAGCACCAGUCCGUCGCAGGAGUGGUGGAAUCGCUCAAGAUCAUCACGCGUGCCAAGUCCGAGCGCAUCGCCAAGUUCGCCUUCGCCUUCGCCCUGGCCAACAACCGACGCAAGGUGACCUGCAUCCACAAAGCGAACAUCAUGAAGCUCGCCGACGGCCUGUUCCGCAACACCGUCAAGAAGAUUGGCGAGGAAUUCCCCACCAUCGAGACCAACGACAUGAUUGUCGACAACGCGAGCAUGCAGUGCGUCAGCCGCCCACAGCAGUUCGACGUCAUGGUCAUGCCCAACUUGUACGGCGGCAUCCUCUCCAACAUCGGCGCUGGACUCGUCGGUGGGCCCGGCAUCGUCCCCGGGUGCAACAUGGGUCGCGACGUGGCCGUCUUCGAACCCGGCUGCCGUCACGUUGGACUCGACAUCCAAGGCAAGGACCAGGCGAACCCCACCGCUCUCAUUCUCUCGGGCAGCAUGAUGCUGCGGCACUUGGGGCUCGACGAGCACGCCAACCGCAUCAGCAAGGCCGUCUACGAUGUGAUUGCGGAGGGCAAGUCGCGGACAAGGGAUAUGGGGGGCAAGGCGACGACGCAUGAAUUCACUCGCGCCAUCCUCGAUAAGAUGGAGACGUAUUAGGGGGUGGGGUAUUGUUUAGACGCACAUUAGUGAUUCUGGAUAGGAUUGUCAAUACUGUCAUCGCAAUUCAUUCUUCAGGCCAGUCUUGCCCGCGCCGAGAAAGCAUGUUCCU